UGUCUAUUUAAUUUCCCAAGAGGCUUUGUGAGCCUCAGCAGCUAUCAGUCUCCAUGUUCAGAAAGCCGCGCGAAACCACGCCAUGUGAGUACACGGCCGCGCCUGUCCGUGCGCUUCAGCCUCUCCCGGUUGUACAAUGGGGGCCUCUGGCACUAGCUCAACUAGGUGUCCCCAUCGUGGUUGGGAUCCACAUGCUGGUAGUCCGAGACCAAUAUUAUUCCCUCGCGGCGCAGAAGCUUGAGGAUUCCGGCUUCAGACCGACAAGUCCCAGGCGCAUCCCACGUCCUGAGAUCCUGGAAGAUCUUCCAAACCCGGAGGAAGUUAUUGAAGAAAUAAAUGCCAGCUACAAGCGACUCGACUGCUCUACCAAGACCUUUGAGUACCCAGUCGACCUCCCUGAGCGAACGGAGCGGGUUGUGUUGAUUCCAAGUUCUUUCGCUCACUUGGAUUUGUCUAUAGCAGGGGAUCCUGAGUACUCCUUAUACACGAAAUACGACAAGUAUGGGAAUGAGCUGUAUCCACACGAGCGUCCCCUCGUGGAAAGCUUCGUCAAAGCAGCGGUGGACGAUGAAAGUAUUGACGAGAAUGGCUUUUUGAAUAUUACAUCCUGGGGCGACAUGCUGAGGUCGUGCGUAUCUAUGAUGGUGGGAUAUCUGGGUAUUGAGAACGACAUACUUGAUGACUGCGACAAUGAACGCGCCGUUGCAUGGUUCAGUAAGAAUUUUGGCCGAGAGCACGAAAAGAUCUAUGGACCUAUGGAUCGGCGUAUCUCAAAGCGUCUUGGUUCUGGGAAGGAAUUUGCGUAUGAUAGGAGAGGUGUACGACUUGAAUGAACGGUCGCCCUGAACUAAGCAAUCUACGCUUCGCCUACUCCCGCACCUUGUGUGGUCGUGUCGUUCCUAUACGUGGAUAAAAGCAAUCAUCAUUAACCCAGGAGCUCCCUGUUUGCAAUAAACC